GCACGGUGUUGAUUAGAUUCGCAUUAUGGAGGUUUUCAAAAAGUCAAAAAAAAGCAGCCCAAUGUAGUAAAAUUCUAAAAAGCUUGCACGAAGCAAGACAACAAUGCUUGGAGUGACGAUUUAUUUGGAUGCAAAUGAUGUAGUUUUAGGAGACGCAGGAUCGAAGCUGUAGACCGCCCCACUCACCGCCCGAAGAUAAAAAAUCGACAUUAUCCGCCAAAGAAUUUCUGAGGAACGAGGAUCCAUUCAUCAUCACUUGCAACUUUUAUAACAACAAUGGACCCAGUUGAUUUAAUGCCGCUGCUUGAGCAGCUGGACGAUAAUGUCGACGAUUUGGAGGAGGCCCUUCAGCCCAUUCUGGAACGCCAGGUGUCUGAAACGUCAAAGAAAUUGCCUGUUCUAGACAAGGCGAAACUUCACGUUUUGGUCACCUACGCGCUGGAGUCACUUAUCUUCUGUACGUGUACUUCUGAAUAUGUCUGGGGGUUUCUGAUUUGCUAACUUUUGUCAGCUUACUUACGUCUCCAUGGCGUGAACGCCAAGGAGCAUCCGGUAUUCAGAGAACUGACGAGGGUGAAGCAGUACUUCGAGAAGAUCAAGGCAUUAGAAACAGAGCCAGAAAAACGAACUAUGACACUUGACAAACAGGCUGCUGGUCGAUUCAUUAAACAUGGUCUUGUAAGUUUGUUAUAAUAUCCUCCUUCAAUUGGACUGAUCGCUCAUUUGUCUCAGGCUGGGAAUGAUAAAAUAGAUCUGGAGCGGAAAGAACGGGAGGCAAAGGAAAAGGCACGCGCUCAGGUCAAAGCGUCGUUGCUA